GCCCCGCCCUCUCUGCUCAUCUUACUCCCCCCUCCCCUUUCCUGCCUCAAUCUGCAGGGAAGACGCAGCCACUCCUGGAGCCAGAUUCCUGCCAGACGUAAACCGUGUCCCAGAAGACAGACUCAAAGGGGAAAAUGAAAUCCACCAUUGGUAUCGCAGUCCUUCUGACAGUGCUGGAAUUUGCCUGCUGCCAGAGGAUCAAAACGUUGACAGCUUGCUUGGACAAGCAGAGCCUCCGCAUCGACUGCCGCUACGAGCGGAAGACCAAGAAUGCCUUGACUUAUGAGAUCCGCCUGAGCAAGGACAACACAGAAGGGGCAGUUGUGGCUGGCAACUGGAACACGGCCAGCAGCAUCUACAAGAGCCGCGCCAACAUCACUGCCUCUGAUAACCUGGUCUGCCUCUACCUCCAUGGCUUCACCACCGCCGACGAAGGAGUCUAUAUUUGCAAGCUGAAGAUCACCAAUGACUAUGGGCCCCAGGCACAGAACAUCACUGUGAUCAAAGAUCGGCUGGAGAAAUGUGCCGGCAUCAGCGUCUUGAUCCAAAACACCUCCUGGUUGCUGUUGCUCCUCCUUUCAUUGCCUCUCCUGCAAGCCAUUGAUUUUGUGUCUCUGUGAAAGGAAGGAAGGAAGGAAGGAAGGAAGGAAGGAAGGAAGGAAGGAAGGAAGGAAGGAAGGAAGGAAGGAAGGACCAAGCUACAAAUGGACCUGAACCUAUCCAUGGGAUGGAGCCAUUUUAUUACGAGUAUUAUUUUCACUGUUUUGUUUUGGAAAGAGGCUGCCAUGGAGGAUGACGGUUUGGCGCCUGAACCCAGAUUGUACCUCUCAAUAUUCCCUCUUUCUCUCCAUAUAUAUAAAUCUAUCUCUAUAUAUAGAUACCUAUCUCUCACUAUAUAUAGCCGCAUAUCUAGUGGAGUGACCAGUUCUGCCUGACCUGAGAUCCGUUGCAAGCACAACAGCGUCUCCCGGUGAUCCCGCUUUCCCAUUCCACACUCUUUUAUAUAUAUAUACGCACAUAUAUAAAUAUGCAUAUCUCCAUCUGUUUGUCCCUUUAGCUCAUUCACCUGCCUGCCCUACUGCUGGGAAACAGAAGCCAUUUUGCUGGGUGUCGCUUGUCUUUAUUCUGUUUUGUCUUCCAAAGUUAUUCAAGUUGCUGGAUUAGAGAUUUGACUGAGGGAAAUGAUUCAAA